CCAGUAUCCGCGGGCUGGGGGCGGGGCCAUGGCGGCGCUGCCGCUGCCCCUCCCCCUCCUGCUGCUGGCCGGGGUGGCCGAGGGGACCCCGCGGGGGACAGCGGGGACAGCGCUGGACCUGGGCCGCUGUCGCUUCGCUCUGGGCAUGCAGGACGGGACCAUCCCCGACUUUCGCCUCUCAGCCUCCAGCGCCUGGUCAGACUCCACCGCCGCCCGCCACGGCCGGCUGGGCCGCAGCGACGGCGACGGCGCCUGGUGCCCGGCGGGGCCGGUGUUCCCGGCCGAGCAGGAGUUCCUGGAGGUGGACCUGGGCCGGCUGCACGUGGUGACGCUGGUGGGGACGCAGGGACGCCACGCGGGGGGACACGGCCGCGAGUUCGCCCGGCAGUACCGGCUGCGCUACAGCCGCGACCGGCGCCGCUGGCUGCGCUGGAGGGACCGCUGGGGAGCCGAGGUGAUCGGUGGCAACGAGGACCCCGAGGGGGUGGUGCUCAAGGACCUGUCCCCGGCGCCGGUGGCCCGGGCGCUCCGGGUGUACCCGCGGGCGCCGCGCGCCAUGAGCGUCUGCCUGCGCCUCGAGCUCUACGGCUGCCCCUGGGAGGCCGGGCUCCUGUCCUACACGGCCCCGCGGGGACACGUCAUGGCCCUGGACCCCGUCCCCAUCGUCCUCAACGACUCCACCUACGACGGCUUCAGCGCUGGCCCGUUGCACUUCGGGGGGCUGGGCCAGCUCUCGGACGGGGUCCUGGGCCUCGAUGACUUCUUGAGGACCCGCGAGCGCCGCCUGUGGCCGGGCUACGACUACGUGGGGUGGCCGCGGCCACCGGGGCCACAGCCCCACGUGGAGCUGGAGUUCGAGUUCCAGGAGCUCCGGACCUUCCACGCCAUGCAGGUCCACUGCAACAACCUCCACACGCGCGGGGUCGGAAUCUUCCGGGCGGUCGAGUGUCGCUUCAAGAAGAUCUUGGCCACGGCCUGGGAGCCCAUGGUGGCCACCCACAGCCUGGCCGGGGACAUCAAGGACCCCAGCGCCCGCUCAGUCACCGUCCCCUUGGGCGGGCGCCAUGCCCGCUUCAUCCAGUGCCGCUUCUUCUUCGGCGCCGAGUGGAUGCUCUUCAGUGAGGUCUCCUUCAUCUCAGAGGUGCUGGACGACCCCACGGGUGCCAGCGGGUGGCCCCCGACCCCUGACCCCUCCGCCGCCAUCUUGGAAAAUGCCCACGAUGGGGGCGGAGCCACCAACGUCACCUCCUCGGUAGCCCCCGGGGAGGCCGAACCGGUCCCGCCGGCGGCCCAGGGCGAGGCGGGGCAGUCGCCGGCGCUGCUGGGCUGCCUGGGCGCCAUCAUCCUCCUCCUGCUCGCCGUCAUCAUCCUCAUCCUGCGGCGCCGCCGCGCGGCCGGGCCGCUGGGCAAGGGCUGCGGGCCGGAGGCGGCGCUGCGGGUGCAGCUCUCGGGGGACACCGUGGUCAUCAACAACGCCACGGGGGGCGGAGGGGCGCGGGGGGGACCCCGCUACGAGCGGAUCGGAACCGGGACCGGGACCGGGACCGGGACCGGAUUUGGAACCGGAACCGGGGAGUACCAGGAACCCACCCGGGCACGGCCCCGAACCCCCCCGGUGCCCCCCGGGGCUGCCAACCCGGCCUAUCGGCUGCUCCUGGCCACCUACGCCCGGCCAAUAGGAGGCCUCGCCCUGGCCCCGCCCAAUGCUGCCAAGCCAAUCAACACCGACGGUGAGCCCGACGGGGGGGCGGGGGCCUACGCCGAGGCUGACGUCACCGGAGGCUCCGCCUACGCCCUGGCUGGCCCCGCCCACAGCCCCACCCAUGGCCCCACCCUCCCGUCCUUCCCCCGGCACCGCCUCCGCUUCCGGGAGAAGCUGGGGGAGGGGCAGUUCGGAGAGGUGCUGCUGUGUGAGGUCAUCGCCCCCCACACCCUGGGCCUGGCCCCGCCCCCCGGCUCAGGCUCCGCCCCCUUGGCCCCAGAGCGCCCCCUGCUGGUGGCGGUCAAGGUGCUGCGGCCGGACGCGCCCAAGAACGCCCGGCGGGAUUUCCUGCAGGAGGCGCGGACGCUGGGCCGGCUGCGGGACCCCAACAUCGUGCGGCUGCUGGGGGUGUGCGCCGGGCCCGGCCCCCUGUGCAUCGUCACCGAGUACAUGGAGCACGGAGACCUGCACCGCUUCCUGGGCGGGCCCCGCGGCCACGCCCUCAGGUGGGACCCGCCCCCGUGCCCCCCACACCCGCCCGGGCCACGCCCUCCCGGGACACGCCCGCUCCCACUGGAGAAGUUCAGCAUCUCUGCCCACGGCAAGGAUCUCUUCGUCAACGCCGACCUCUUCAUCGUGGCCGGGCGGCGCUACGGCCUCGUGGGGCCCAACGGGAAGGGGAAGACGACGCUGCUGAAGCACAUCGCCAACAGAGCCCUGAGCAUCCCCCCCAACAUCGACGUGCUGCUCUGCGAGCAAGAGGUGCUGGCGGAUGACACACCUGCCGUGCAGGCCGUGCUCCGCGCCGACACGCAGCGCCUGCGGCUGCUGGACGAGGAGCGGCUCCUGCAGCGGCGGCUGGAGAGCGGCGACGACGCGGCCGCCGAGCGCCUGGAGAAGGUGUACGAGGAGCUGCGCGCCAUCGGUGCCGCGGCCGCCGAGGCGCGGGCUCGGCGCAUCCUGGCCGGGCUCGGCUUCAGCGCCGAGAUGCAGAACAGAGCCACGCGCAAGUUCUCGGGGGGCUGGAGGAUGCGCGUGUCGCUGGCCAGGGCUCUGUUCCUGGAGCCGACGCUGCUGAUGUUGGACGAGCCCACGAAUCACCUGGACCUGAACGCCGUCAUCUGGCUCAACAACUACCUGCAGAGCUGGAAGAAGACGCUGCUGGUGGUGUCGCACGACCAGGGCUUCCUGGACGACGUCUGCACCGACAUCAUCCACCUGGACUGCCAGCGCCUGCACUACUACAGGGGCAACUACAUGACCUUCAAGAAGAUGUACCAGCAGAAGCAGAAGGAGCUGCUGAAGCAGUUUGAGAAGCAGGAGAAGAAACUGCGGGACCUCAAAGCCGGGGGCAAAUCCACCAAGCAGGCGGAGAAGCAGACCCGCGAGGCGCUGACGCGGAAGCAGCAGCGCUGCCGGCGCCGGGCGCCCUCCGAGGGCUCGGCCGAGGCCCCGGAGCUGCUGCGGCGGCCCCGGGAAUAUUCCGUGCGCUUCACCUUCCCCAACCCGCCCCCCCUGAGCCCCCCCAUCCUCGGCCUGCACGGCGUGGAUUUUGGCUACGAGGGCCAGGAGCUGCUGUUCCGCAACCUGGACUUCGGCAUCGACAUGGAGUCCCGAGUUUGCAUCGUGGGCCCCAACGGGGUCGGGAAGAGCACCCUGCUGCAGCUGCUGACCGGGGCCCUGACGCCGCUCCGGGGGCAGAUGAGGCGCAACCAUCGGCUGAAGGUGGGGUUCUUUAACCAGCAGGCGGCCGAGCAGCUGCGCCUGGAGGAGACGGCGGCCGAGUUCCUGCAGCGCAGCUUCAACCUGGCGCACCAGGACGCGCGGAGGUGCCUCGGCCGCUUCGGCCUCGAGGGCCACGCCCACACCCUGCAGAUCGCCAAGCUCUCGGGUGGCCAGAAGGCUCGGGUGGUGUUUGCCGAACUCUCCUGCCGCGAGCCCGACGUGCUCAUCCUGGACGAGCCCACCAACAACCUGGACAUCGAGUCCAUCGACGCCUUGGCCGACGCCAUCAACGACUACAAAGGAGCGGUGAUCGUGGUGAGCCACGACGCGCGGCUGAUCACCGAGACCAACUGCCAGCUGUGGGUGGUGGAGGAGCAGGGCCUGAGCCAGAUCGACGGCGACUUCGACGACUACAAGCGCGAGGUGCUGGAGGCCCUGGGCGAGGUGGUGGUGGCCCGGCCCCGCGAGUGACCACCAGAGUGACCACGGUGGCCACUGCAGUGACCGCGGUGACCACCGGAAUGGCCGCAGUGACCGCUGCAGUGACCGCCGUGACCAGCAGGGGGCGCCGGGGACAAAGGGAGGAAUAAAACGGUGGUGGAGCAA